AUGUCAGGAGCACCACGCGGUGCCGCCGCAGAUUAUUACGACCAGUCCAGCAAAACCCAGUAUUCUGCGCCGCAGGGUCCUCCACCAAACGGUCAACAAUUCGGACAAGCGCCGCCCCAGUACGGACAAAAGUACAGCAAUGGAACAGAAGAAGGCUACACAGUUGCCAAUGGCGAGAAGCCGUCGUUCGAGCAGGCGUUCAAGCUGCAAGGCCCGAAAUACCACGACAUCUGGGCUGGCAUUCUACUCAUCCUCGUCUUCAUUGGCUUCGUCGCCGUCUCCGCAAUAUCAAUUCGCGGCUACGCCCUGACGAAGGGCUUCAAUGGCGGCGGUAUUUACGACAGCAGGAACACGUUCGGCCUGGAUACGAACACUCUUGUGCUCUUCGUUUUCUGCCUGCUUGUGGCCUUCGUCCUGAGCUAUGGCUACAUGUGGCUGGCCCGCGCAUUCACCAAGCAGUUCAUAUGGAUUACGGGGAUACUCAACAUCAUAUUCGGGCUUGUUACGGCCUUGUACAUGUUGUCGAGGAGGUACUGGUCAGGCGGGAUUGUCUUCCUAAUUUUCUCCAUCUUCACCAUCAUCUGCUUCAUUUCAUGGAUCCCGCGCAUCCCUUUCAGCGUCCUCAUGCUGCAAACGAGCAUCGACGUGUCCAAGAAGUUCGGCCACGUAUACCUCGUAUCGUUGAUCGGAGGGAUUGUUGCAACAGCUUUCGGCGCCUGGUACUCCGUAACGCUCGUGGCCGUCUACGUAAACUUCUCGCCCGGCUCCAACCCCGCCUGCUCCACUGGCGUUGGUAGCUGUAGUAGAGCCACCGUCAUCGGCCUCAUCGUCUUCAUCACCUUCGCCAUGUACUGGAUCUCCGAAUGGAUCAAGAAUACCAUCCACACCACCAUCGCAGGCGUCUACGGGUCCUGGUAUUUCUGCUCGCACAACUUCCCCAGCAACGCCACGCGCGGCGCGUUCAGGCGGGCGACGACGUACAGCUUUGGCAGUAUAAGCUUGGGAAGCUUGCUGGUGGCUAUCAUCAAUAUGCUUAGGCAGGCGUGCUCGGUUGCGCAGAGGUCGGAGGGCAUGCAGGGGAAUAUGGUCGGGUAUAUCGCUUUUUGCGUACUAGGGUGCCUCAUUGCGGUGCUGCAAUGGGCUGUGCAGUUUGUCAAUCGCUAUGCUUUCUGUCACAUCGCGCUGUACGGAAAGCCUUAUAUCAAGGCUGCAAAGGACACUUGGAAGAUGUUGACACAGCGCGGUAUCGACGCCCUUGUAAACGAGCUAUUGAUAGGCCCGGUGCUCACAAUGGGCGCCACUUUCAUCGCCUACGCUUGUGCCCUGCUCGCCUACCUCUACCUCCUCUUCACCGGGCCAGAAUACAACCGAGACGGCAGCUUCACGCCCGUCGUCGUCGCCUUUGCCUUCCUGAUCGGCCUGCAGAUCUGCAACAUCUUCACCACGCCAUUGAGCAGCGGCGUGGAGACCAUCAUGGUGGCAAGUGCGUGGGAUCCGGAGGUUCUGAUGAGAGAUCAUCCGGAUCUGUAUGCCCGGAUGAUUGCUGUCUACCCGAAGGUCCAGCAGGCCAUCCACGCUUGA